AUGGCUGAAUACAGCCAGCCACCACAUACCGGCUGGGGUGUCAACCGCUCCCCUGCCCAGCAGUUGAAGCUGGAGAAGGUCAUCCCAGGGGCCGCCUGGUCAGCCUGGACCUUGAAGAACGUGGGCGGCGGCAGUUAUCUAGACUUGGCCGGCGGUAACCCGGCUAACUGCACCCCAUUGCAGGGCUGGAACACUGGUGGCCAGACGAAGAGCUCACAGUGGUAUCUGAUCACACAGGACAGUAACAACAGUUGGAUCAUGCUGCAGAAUGCAGCGACGUUUACGUAUGCCGACCUGGACAGCGGCUCGAGGAACGACGGCGUAUCCAAGGGUACGAACGGGGGCCUGAUCUGA